AAACACUUCAUGCCAAAAACCCACCAAGUAUCAGCAUUCUAUUCCCAAUUUAGGCUGACAAAACCCUAAAAUAAUGUACGUUCACAUUCUCCCCAGUCGUCCGCCAUUUCCAGCUCCACCGUGAUCCUCCCGUUCUCCGCCGGCCUCACCGUGCCCCGCCCUCAUCCCCAAUCAGCCUUUUCUUUCUUUCUUUGUCAGUGGUUGUCUGCAGAAAUUUCAGCGUUGGAAAGGGUGGAUUAUAAUGGAAAUGUGCUUGAUGAUGGGAUGAAUAAAGGAAGGACUGGUCCUGGAUGCACUUGGUUGUCCCGAGCAAUCUUAUUAGUACCUUCCAGCAAUGAAACCAAUAGCAAAUGGGGUUCCUAGAACCCAGAGGCAGAAAGGCUUUCAGAGCGAGGGGCCUAAUUGGGUCCUUAUUGCUGGUGGUGCUUUGCUAAGUACGUUAUCGAUUAGGUUGGGUUACAAGCUGAAACAGGUGCUUGACAUGAAGCCACCGGACAAUACCAGCAACAGCUUGAAAGGGAGUGGAAAAUUUACAGAGAGAAAGAAGUCAGGGAGCUGCAGUUUGCAUCCAAAUGCAUAUUCUUUUCAUCAAGAUGGGAAUGCUUGCUGCAAUUGCCUUUCUGGAUCUGUGAAUGUAAUGGAGAUCAAACAGCAGCGCAAUGGCCAAGUUCUGUCAGAACCUGAAAUGGCACUGCCUCUUGUUAAAGUUUCUUCUUCUGAGUUCAGCAAAGAGAAUGGGGUAAUCUGGGCGUCAUCUCCUGACCGCCUUGAGCUUCCUCAGAAACCAUUCCACCAUUCUAACAGUUCUGAUUCACCUUGCGUCUCUGAAGCUGGUUCUGACAUUUUCAGUAAUCGAGAAGUGAUUCAGAAGCUGAGGCAACAGCUGAAGAGACGGGAUGACAUGAUAAUAGAGAUGCAAGAUCAGAUUGUAGAACUGCAGAAUUCCCUCAGCACUCAGCUAACACACUCUACCCAGCUGCAAGCACUGCUAGAUGCUGCAAACAGAGAUCUGUUUGACUCAGAGAGAGAAAUACAGAGGUUGAGGAAAGUAAUUGCAGAUCAUUGUGUGGGACAAGACAAUUGUGGUGAUAAGCUUAGCUCCGCACCUGUUUGGCCUGCUGAACUAAGGAAUGGCCAUUUGAAUGAGUAUUCCGAAGUUGAGGGACAUUUGGAUUCCUUGGAGAAAGACAGAAACGGUGGCAAAAUUGAAAUGCUGCGAAGGGAAGUUAAUGAGUUGAGGGAAGUUAUAGAUGGAAAAGACUACCUUUUGCAGAACUAUAAGGAGCAGAAGUCUGAGCUCUCCAUGAAAAUCAAGGAAUUGCAGCAAAGAUUGGAUUCUCAGCUCCCAAAUAUUUUGUAGUGUGGCUGCUCUCUGUGUAUUCUUCUUUGGCUUCUAACUUAUGUUUUCUUGGUCUAAAUCGCUUGCAAAUCCCAAGUUUUGGUAAAGCAUCAUUUCUUUUUUCGUUUGUCGGUUGAUAAGCAGCAGUUCUUGUGGGGUUCGUGUGUAUAUGAUCUCAAGUUGAGAGUAGAGAGUUUUAGUUGAAGUUGGGAAACCGUUAGCGUAGUUGUUUUCACUUGAAGCUUCACUUUGUAUUUGGCAGUAUCAAAAUGUCCAUUCUGCAUUCUGAAUUCUCAAGGCAUGAAAGUGAUCCAAUUCCACUUUAGUAGCCGAUGGAUUUCCAUUUCAAGCUUGAGAUUUCACAAUAUAUUAUGGUAUUUUAUUACAAUUCCAUAUGCAAAUGCUGUUUUAACUGACAAGUUGAUGUUCAUAAAUUUAUAGGAAUUUCUUGUA